CACAACCUCACGCGAUCCAAUUUUACCGCCUUCGUCACUCUCUCCCAUCCUCAACACACAACCCCACCAUUUUCCUCCCUAUCAAGUCUUCUUUGAACGUCUUCUAAACCUCCCUCAAAAUGGAUGACUGGAGCUCUACUACCCGCAUUGGAAGCAAGCACCGCGCUGGCGGCGCUGCUCCCCGUGAGACUGUCGUCAAGGGCAAGAGCGCUCUGAACGCCGCCCAGCGCCAAGGUCUUGUUAUCGGAACUGAGAAGAAGUACGCCACUGGCAAUGCUGCUUCCAAAACUGGUGCUAUUGAGGGUCAGCACCUGACCAAGGUUGACCGCAGCGACGACAUCAUCAAGCCCAAGACUGUUGGCUACCAAGUUGCAGACGCUAUCAAGAAGCGCCGUACUGAGGAGGGCUACAAGAUGACACAGAAGGAACUUGCCACCAAGUGCAACACCACCGUCACCGUCGUCCAGGACUUCGAGAAGGGUACCGCCACCCCCGACCAGAAGGUCCUCAGUGCCAUGGAGCGUGUGCUCAACAUCAAGCUGAGAGGCUCAGACAUUGGAAAGGAGAAGUUCCCCAAGAAAAAGUAAAUUGACCGGGGGUGAGCCUGCGGCUUUUUCUUGACGGGAUGGGAUGCUUUUUUUUUCAUGAAACCCUUGUCUUUUUCUCUUCUCUUUCAUGAUGUCCCCGGAUAUCCUUUCGGUUGUUACGUUAAUGCAUUUUAUUGUGCAAUGAGAUCCCCAUUACUUUCUGCUGGUCGGAAGAGCGCUGACCUGGCAUUGAGAUGAUUUUUUUUUUCUUUUUUUUUUUCUACAUAUAAAAUACUGUCUCAAUGAAUCUUGAUGCUCCUCUUUUGGUGCAAGUUGGGAUUUCUUUGGUUUAUAUCUAGAUGAGAUAGAAUGCUACCCGGCAGAUUGCCAACGAAGAGAUAUAUUUAUGAAGAA